AUGGAUGCCUUCUCCCUUGAUAUCAUCGUCGAGCCUCUACCCCCAAACUUCAAAGCUCCCACCUUGGAGAUGUACGACGGGAACACUGACCCGGACAACCACCUAGAGAGCUUCAGGGCGCUCAUGAUCCUGUAUGGAUAUUCCGACACCUUGGCGUGCCAGACUUUCCAAGCAACCUUCAAGGGAGUCGCUCGGCGGUGGUUCUCAAGUCUCCCACCUCGAUCCAUCAACUCGUGGGAGCAGUUUUCCAACAUGUUCCUCGCAUGCUUCAUCAGUAGCCGGCGCCCCCAAAAAAGCAUUGUCUCGCUGAUGACUGUCAAGCAGAAGCGAGGAGAGAGUCUACGGUCAUACAUCGACCGCUUCAAGAAAGAAGAACUCGAGGUCCGCGACCUUGACCCCCUAGUCUCCAUGCAUGCCGCCAUCAGCGGGCUCCUCCCCGUCUCGGCCCUCAAAUGCUUCAUUGCCAAAAGCCAGCCAAAGAUGAAGCUGGAGUUCCUAGAAAGGGCCAAAAAAUACAUUGCCAUCGAAGAGGCUUCGGCUACAGACGCCCAUGAGAGAGGCAUAGAGCACCGAGACGAAGCCCCCGAGAAGAAGAGGAAGAACGAAGACCAGGGUCGUAGCAACAACAACAACAACAAGAAAGCACCGGCCUUGGCCUUGGCUUACAAUCACCAUGACAUCGAGGACUGUUAUGAUCUCAAAAAUGAGAUAGAGUCCCCCAUUCGUCGGGCCCACCUCAAGCAGUACGUCAGAGGCAAGGCCGGUGCCUCGUCCUCUCAACAGCAACACCAACAAGCAGAAGGCAUCAUCGAUGUCAUAGUGGGAGGCACGGCCUCAGGUGGAGCCUCGGCCUCAGCUCGCAAAGCCUACACCAGGCAGCUGAACAUCCAAGGGCCAGCCCCCAAGAAGCAGAAGCAAGAGUCCCUCUCCUUCACAGACGAGGACCUGAAAGGGGUAGCAGUCCCCCAUGACGACGCAUUGGUGGUUUCGGCCGUCAUUUCAAACUUUGUAGUCAAAAGGAUCCUUGUUGACAGUGGCUCCUCAACCAACAUCCUUUUCUACGAAGCUUUUGAAAAGAUGAAGAUAGCUCCAAAGCGCCUCCAACCAGUAGAUGCUCCACUAGUCAGCUUCUUUGGCGGAAUCGUCAAACCAGAGGGCAAGAUCUCCCUACCAAUCACAGUAGGGACGGAGCCCCAACAGGUGACAAGGAUGACAGAGUUCCUGGUCAUGAAGAUUGGCUCACCCUACAACGCCAUCAUGGGGAGACCAACUCUCCACGCACUCCGGGCAGCCAUCUCCUACUACUACCUCGCUUUGAAAUUCACCACUGAUCACAGCAUUGGAGUUGUUCGUGGGGACCAGCAUGCCGCCCAUCAUGCUAUGUGGCAGCGUUGA